GCCAGUUUCUGGGUUCUGGUGUAGGGUUUACUAGUUCAUUAAACAAGUUAAAAAGAAAGAAAGUCCCAGCAGUCUUUGUUAUUUUAUUUUUAUACCCUCUUUUGCUUCCACCAUCUUCCUUUAAUUCUUUUACGAGCUCUUACAUCUUUGUGCUUUCAUUAUUUCUUAAUUUGGUGUUUAAUCACUUCUUUGAGCUGGGUUUCUGUUUUGUAUGUGAGGAAGUAAGAGCUUCGAGAUUGUUAAUCAAGUGAAAGAAAAAAAAUACUGGUAUAUAGGAAAAAGCAAUGGAUCCAGUUACAUCACAUGGUCUUUCUCUUCCUCCUCCAUUUCAUAUGAGAGAUUUCAAUCUUCACCAUCAGCAGCAGCAACAGCAAGAACAUCAAUUCCAUCACCAAAAUUCAGAAGAAGAACAAAGUGGCAGCAGCAGUGGCCAAAAGAAACGGGAUCGCGACGAUAGCAACAACAUCAACAGCAGCAGCGCCAACAAUGAAGGCAAAGACCUAAGUUUUCCAGGCUUUGGUGAAGGAGAGAUAAGUAGAAGACCACGAGGCAGGCCUGCUGGGUCCAAGAACAAACCUAAGCCUCCGAUCAUCAUCACCCGAGACAGUGCCAACGCUUUACGCACUCAUGUCAUGGAAAUAGGAGAUGGAUGUGACAUUGUUGAAAGCGUCGCAACAUUUGCUAGUAGACGCCAGAGAGGAGUUUGCAUAAUGAGUGGAACUGGGACCGUCACAAAUGUAACCCUCAGGCAACCAGCCUCGUCUGGUGCAAUUGUGACUUUACAUGGUCGAUUUGAGAUAUUGUCAUUGGCAGGAUCAUUCUUGCCUCCACCAGCACCGCCUGCAGCUACGGGGUUGACCAUAUAUUUGGCUGGUGGACAAGGCCAGGUGGUAGGUGGCAGUGUUGUUGGGACACUUAUUUGUUCAGGCCCGGUUGUGAUUAUGGCAGCUUCUUUUAGUAACGCCGCAUAUGAGCGGCUUCCAUUGGAAGAAGAAGAGCUGCAGCUUCCAAUGCAAGGGGGUGCAAUUGGGUCACCAGGAGCAGUUGGAGGUCAACAGCAGCAGCAGCAACAAGUAUUGGCUGAGUCAAACGCGCCUCUUUUUCAUGGGCUACCACCUAAUCUUCUCAAUUCUAUUCAAUUACCAACUGAAGCAUUUUGGGCUUCUGGUCGCCCUCCAUUCUAGCUAACAGUUUCCAGUACUGAAUGAUACUGUUGUUUUGUUAAUUCAGUUCCAGCUUCACCUUCAGCUAUAGCCAUCAAGAGGACA